AUGGAUUCUUGUUAUGAGCAGGAGUCAAGAAGGGCACAGAGGUGUGUGCCUGAAUUCUGCAAUGCAGCUUUCGGUCGGACUUUGCUGGCCAGCCAUGUGUGCGGCUCUCCCGUCCCCGAGGAGUUCUGCUUGCAAACCGGGGUGACUGGAGUCACUAAGUCCUGCCAUGUGUGCGAUGCCCGGGAUCCUCAGAGGAGCCACAAUGCCAGCUCCCUGAACGACUUCCACAGUGAGGAGGAGCCCAGCUGGUGGCAAAGCCCGUCCAUGCUGCAUGGGAUCCAGUUCCCCAACUCUGUUAACCUGACCCUGCAUCUCGGAAAGUCAUUCGAGAUCACCUACAUCCGACUGAAGUUUCACACCAGCAGGCCGGAGAGUUUUGCCAUCUAUAAGAGGACACAAGAGGGCGCCCCCUGGACUCCUUACCAGUAUUACAGCGCCUCAUGCCGCCAGACAUAUGGCUAUUCGACCGGGAGCUUCCUGCGGUUGGGGGUCGAGGAGCGGGUGCCGUUCUGCACUGACGAGUUCAGUGACAUCUCCCCGCUGACUGGAGGGAAUGUGGCCUUUUCCACCUUGGAGGGGAGACCCAGUGCGUACAGCUUCGACACCAGCCCCAUGCUGCAGGACUGGGUGACGGCCACUGAUCUGCUGAUUUCCUUAACGAGAUUGAACACCUUUGGAGAUGAUAUCUUCAAGGACCACCGCGUACUGCGCUCCUAUUAUUACGCCAUCUCUGACCUAUCUGUGGGCGGCAGGUGUAAAUGUAAUGGCCAUGCCAGCAAAUGUGUGACGAAUGACCAGGGCAGAUUGGUGUGUGACUGUCAGCACAACACCACUGGUGUGGACUGCGAGAGGUGUCGACCAUUUUUCCAUGACAGACCCUGGGCACGUGGAUCCUCACAGGCAGCGAAUGAGUGUCUCUCCUGCAACUGCAGUGGGAGAUCGGAACAAUGUUCCUUUAACAUGGACCUGUACCGUAGGACUGGGCACGGAGGUCAGUGCCUGAACUGCAGGGAUAACACAGCAGGAUCCCAUUGUGAGGCAUGCAAGGAGCACUUUUAUAGAAGCAAUGCUGUGGAGGCCUGCCAACCUUGCAACUGUAGCGUCAUGGGGUCACUGAGUUUGCAGUGUGACCAGGACGGAGUCUGCGUCUGCAAAGCAACUGUCAGGGGAAAGAAAUGUGACCAGUGCGAGAGGGGACAUCAUUCACUCUCAGAGGGAGGCUGCAGGAAGUGUGCAUGCCGGCCCGAAGGCACUGUCGGUGACUGCAAUCCGACCAGUGGAGAAUGCACCUGUAAACAGAACGUGGAGGGAGCCCUGUGCCACAGGUGCAAGUCAGGAACUUUCAACUUACAAGCUCUCAAUCCUCACGGCUGCAGCAGUUGUUUCUGUUAUGGACAUUCGGCAGCUUGCACAUCAGCCUCUCAGUUCACUGUUCAUCACAUAGUGUCAACCUUUCACCAAGAUACGGAUGAAUGGCGAGGACAGAAUCAUUCUGGAGAAUUUCCGCUUUCCUGGGAGAAGGAACGGAUCAGUCUGUUUCCAGACAAUGGGGAAUUGGAAUACUUCAUUGCUCCAGCAAAGUUCCUCGGGAACCAACUUCUCAGCUAUGGGCAGAACCUCUCCUUCAUUCUCCAUGUGGAAAGUGAGGAAUUGCUGUCCUUCAACCUGAUUCUGGAAGGUUCUGGACUCCAUGUCUCUGCUUCUGUUUCUCCACACGUGCAGAACGAUUCAUCUACCUGGGAACAGGCAAUUAUCUUCACACUGCAUGAAGCAGAGGAUGGGAUCCAAACGCCAGCCUUGUCCAGUUUCCAGUUUCAGCAGCUCCUCUCCAAUCUCACCACCGUGAAGCUGGGCAGCAGAGGGGGCUUCCCUUUCCACCUCACGGAGGUUACCUUGGUUACGGCCCAGGCUGGCCUGUCACCCCCUGCAGCCUGGGUGGAGGAAUGCAUGUGUCCUGAAGGCUAUAUCGGACAGUUCUGUGAGUCCUGUGCCCCGGGCUACAAGCGAGAAGUCCCCUCUGGUGGGCCGCUGACUCGCUGCGUCCCCUGUACCUGUAAUCAACACGGAACCUGCGAUCCUGACUCAGGCAUUUGCCAGUGUGUGCACAACACCAACGGGCCCUCCUGUGAGUACUGUGCGAGCGGUUACUAUGGCAACCCAUUCCGGGGCAGGUACAACGAUUGCAAGCUUUGCCCGUGCCCCGGUCAGUCUAACUGCACCGUGGUGGAAGUGACAAAAGAAGUGAUCUGCACAGACUGUCCUGAAGGACAGACAGGCAAGCGCUGUGAAAUGUGUGAUGAUGGUUUCUUUGGCGACCCGUUGGGACUUCACCAGCUCGUCCGCCCGUGCAGCCGGUGCCAGUGUAACGGGAAUACCGAUCCCAACGCCGUGGGCAACUGCGAUCGGCGAACGGGAGAGUGUCUGAAAUGCUUCUACCACACUGUCGGCCAUUACUGCGAUAGGUGUAACGAUGGUUUCUAUGGAAACGCUCUAGCUGCCAACCCAUCCCACAAGUGCCAACCGUGCAACUGCGAUCCAGUUGGUUCAACCAAUGAGGUUCAGACCUGCAACCCUGGGAGUGGCCAGUGUGAGUGCCUGCCCCACGUGAAUGGCCGAGAUUGCAGCCAAUGUGAGCCGGGCUACUAUAACCUGCAGCCCGCAGUGGGGUGCCUCAGCUGUGCCUGCCACCCUGUGGGAUCACGGAACAAUUACUGCCAACCUCUGACUGGGCAGUGCAACUGCCGGCCGGGCAUUGAAGGGCGAUCGUGUGACAAAUGCCAACGGGGCUACUUUGACCUCUCUGAGAGGGGCUGUCGAGCCUGUGACUGCUCUCCGCUGGGAUCCGUGGAUAUGCAGUGCCAGGAGAAUGGCUCCUGCCUCUGUAAGAAGGGCUUUGUGGGAAGGAGGUGUGAGCAGUGUCAGGAAAACUAUUACAACGAGGUCUCAACAUUUCACUGCCAACUGUGUCCAAUCUGCUAUGGUUUGGUCCAAGAUGAGGUGCAGCAUCUGAAACAGAGGAUGAAGGAGCUGGAGGAGGAACUGGACAAAUUCCACAGGCACCCUGAGCAGUUGUAUGAGCUUUACUCCAAUCACCUGCAGGAGGCCAUCAGAGACAUGGAGGCCCAGUCAAUGCAGGGUCCCCAGGGUCAGUUUGUGCAGCUUGUGGGUGAACUGGAGAUCACUCUGGACAGAAUCGAACAGAAACUGAGCAAUGUCAGUCGAAGCCUGGACUGUGAGGGGAACGAGGAGAAACACUGUCACAUAGUGUCCAUCAGCAAGCUGAUUGUGCACAGCACGCACAGGGAGCUGGAGGCAGCCAGGGAGGUCUUGGACAGUACGAUACCGUGGUUGAUCCGUAACCCUCCCACUGAUGAAUCCCGGAACUGGACGAGGUUGGUUCAGGAGUCCCGCACUCUCGCAGAAAGCCAGGCCAAAGUCGCGAUGGAGGUCGAAUCAAUAGUGAGAGAAGCCCUCGCCACAUCGAAUCGGAGUUACUUCAUCCUGUCAGGCAUCAUCGAGGACAACUCCAUAGCCGACAACAUCACGGAGGCUGAGGAUCGACUACAGAUGAUACAAAGUAAAAUGGAGGAGCUGGCGGAGGAGGUGGAGGAGGUGUUGAAGGAAGUGAAGAGGCUGUACACCUCCAUUCAACAAGCUCAAGGGGCGGGUAUCACUCUGCUUCAAAACCACACAAAACUGGAGCCUGAGGGCUGGGAUAAUUUCACCGCAGAGCUUGAGGAUUUGGAGAGUGCUCUUCAGAGCAAAGAAGAGGAAAUCAAGAAACUUCUUCUGGAGUUGGAGCCUCGGGUAAAGGCUGCGAACAUGGGAAUGGAAACCAAGGAGUUAUAUGAGGAGCUCCUGAGUCGUGUUAAAUCUGCCCAGGCCACAGCGAGUGCAUCAAUCCAACAAGCCAAACGCAUAAAGGAAGAGGGAAUGUCCUUGUUGAAAACCUUGGAAGACAAUAAGAGACUGUUUUCAGCGAGGAAGAUGAGAAGCAAAGGAACUUUCCGGAGGAUGGGGACUAUCAGAGAGCGGGUGCUGGUGGAGGCGAAAAGGAAGACAGCGCAGGCUGGCCGGAUGUUGCGAGCUGCUGGAUCGAGUUCCACCGUCAGCAGCGCCACAGCUGCCCGCGCCUCACAGCUCACCAGAGACAGCGCAAAGGAGGCCCAGAAGAUCAGGAGACAAGCCCGGGAUCAGGCCACGCAGUCCGACUCACUCCAUUCAUAUCUGCAAGCCAUGCAGGAACAACUCAACGCCCAGGAGGACCAGGCCGCAGCCUUGAAGGCGACAGUCCAGGAGGACGUAGAAACAGCAGCCAAGGUCCUUCGUGAGACUGAGGUGAUGGACAAGAAAAUAGAGGAAGCGAAAAACUCGCUCGAUGGUGACCUGAAGCAGUUGACAGAGUUGCUGAAAACAAUCGAGAACCUUCAGAUUGAGCAAGUGACAGAAGCAACACUGAAUAAAACAGAGACUCAGAUGGGAGCUCUGAGGUGGGCAAUUGAUCGGAAACUGGCACAGAAGGUGCGGGAACUAGAGGCUGCCUCUGAGAUGCAGAUCCUGAAGAUGAAAAUUUUCGAAAAGGACAUAAAGGAAAUUGAGACAGAGAAACACAACCUGGAGGACAUUGUUCAGAACUUGCCCCAGGGCUGUUACAACAGAGUGGGAUGGUAGAGGCUCAGGGAUGUUAGAGUAAGGAAAGGUGAUUACUGUGGACAGUUUUUAUUAUUGCAAGAUGUUUGCCAUUGCCACAAUUUUGAAUGAGUAAUUUGGGCAUUUAACCCCCUUUAAUGUUUCUUCCAAUUUUAAUCCAUUAACCUCUCCUCCUGGCUUUGGUUCAUUGGAUAGAUGUGACCCUCCAGUAAAUCAACCAACUACCCACUGUUCAUACUUUAGCACUGCUUAUUUUGUUGGUUGAUAUGAUGCCAUUGGGACUAACAUGCCCGCACCCCAAUGUUCAUACAUUUAACUGGAGACUCUUGUGUUCUCUAACCAGUCAAGGGAGUUCCGAGACCAUCCUUGUACUCCCAGAUUGAUUUUCUUGUAGUGGUUUAGUAUAACUGAGUGACUUACUAGGCCAUUUCAGAGGGCAGUUAAGUGUCAAUCACGUUGCUGUGGGUCUGGAGUCACGUGUAGGCUAGACCGGGUAAGGAUGGCAGAUUUCCUUUCA